AUGUCGCGCGACGAGGAUAUAUUGGGACCCAUGAAGGGAAACAAGAAUGGAAGACCACCUAGCCGAUGGCGGCAAUCACUCAUGGCUCAACCAUCACCUCCCAAACAAGACGAGCCAACUCCGAUGGUCAUCGACUCCAAGGCGCCCAAAAUACAAGCGAAGGGAUCAAGAAUGUCGCUUUUCAAUCUUUUCAGCAAGCCAAACGUCCAGCGAGCACGGGGACAUCACGAAGUAGGGCUACAAUUGCCCGAGCGACCAAAGACGCCACCCACUCCGGCUGUCGCUGCUCCUCCUAUACCGCCCAAAUCUGCAUUGCGGCCAGCUGCUUCUCCAGGAUCGACGGCGCCAAACGUACUGCUGGCGCGACAGCCAGGAGAAGACGUCACGAAGCUCAAAUCGUCGAAAUCUGCGAGUUCGGUCCCGAGACGCUCAAGACAUAACGCACAUUGGACUCCUCCACCGCUGUUCCAAGCCUACCCUCAAGCCAUUAAAUACGCGACAUUAACCUCCUCCACAUCUUCUGCGGAGUCAAUGCUCAGAUCACAGCAAGAGCAUCGAAGACAGCAGAGUAUCCUUAAAGAAAACAUAGCCAAAGGACGACAAGAUCUAUCGCAGCAGGAGGACGGGAAACCUGAGAGGAGUAAAUUGACGUCAAAAAGGCUCUCAGCCGCAGUACCAUUUUAUGUAUCCGACUUCACCACGAAAAUCUACAUUCUGGUGACUUCGGGCUACGUCCUUCAGUAUGCAGGCUCUGGCGCCUUCGACAGACUUCCGGAGAAGGUUCUGCAGCUCGGCCCUGAUUCUGCUGCAUUUGCUUCAGAUAUCAUUUCUGGCAAGCACUGGGUCUUGCAAAUCUCUCAAACAGCCCAAGAAGAUGGUACAGUUGCCUCGAAUCAAAGGGGAUUGAUGGCUCGACUACGCCUUCAGAACGCCAACACUAGACGACAAGCUUCGAAUUUUCUUCUUGUGCUCGAAAGCGCAGAAGAUAUGGACUCCUGGUUGAAUGCGGUCCGCAAAGAGAUUGAUGUCCUUGGUGGAAAGGAGCACAGGACUGAGGCACCAUCUCCCAAUGAUGACUUUUCUGCCCAUCAUCUGGAGCGAAACCCGAGUCAUAGAUAUUCCGUGCAAAGAGAUCCCCACCAGUACAAUAUAAAUGGUAGCCCGGUACAGCCGUCAAAUGCUUCAACGACAACGUCAGGAUCGCCUACUAUCGUGGCCUCUGAGUGGGAUGACGUUAAUCGUCGUCUAUCUUUGAACGGAUCUGAAUCAGGCUCUGUCAAAUCAUCAAAGCCUUCUUCAGCUCGACAUUCGUCGGAAACAAUGACGACAAUAUCUCCAGGAAGCGUUCAGCUCAAUCAGCUACGGGAGGGUUCACGGCUGUCAAUCAUGUCAGUUGCGACAUCGGUCUCAGAUACCCUGACUGAAGCCACCUCUGGCAUAUCCACGCCAGAAGCAUCGCCAAUGGCUGAAACCUUCUUCAGGUCUGAGUUGGUCGAACCGUCAAGGGACCCUACAUCCUUGAAAUCAUUCGCCAUGAACCCAACCCUGGGCAGCAACCGGAGGCGCUCUGUUCAGACAUUCAAAUUACCCACCACGGACGAAGACACCACUGAUUCUUCAGAGCACACCAGAUCACAAGAUUCGAUAUCUGCAGGUUUCAAUCGUCCACCUCGAUACCGACCUGGUAUACCCAUAGAGAAAAAACAGCCACCUGCUUUCAGGAGGAGCACAAGUGCCCCGGCUCCAAGAAUACCACUUCCACCUCUGCCACUUUCGGAAUCUCUACCGCCCAGGAGUAUAAGUCCACCCCCUCUGAGCCCACCCCCGCGAGGCAAGUCAUUCUCCCCAAUCUCGUCGUAUACGCUCAGCGAAGGAAAAGCGGCUCCUUCAGCCAGCGAGGACUUUCCAGUAUCGAAGACAGUCAACUUUAGUCGUCGUAGGUCCGCUAUGCCAGAUAUGUCUUGUGUCACCCGUCAUACGGAGUCUUUGGGACGACGUGGAUCCGGACAAUCCAGCGCUUCGUCUCUACCAUCUCCUCAAGACGAGAGCUUUUCUAGACAGCAAUCAGCACCGCAUUUGCGCGAACGAACGACUCCCUCGCCGUCUUUCAACUUCUCGCUCCCGACCCACCAAUCCAUAAGUAGAUCUCCGCCCAGCCAAGCUCAAAGUUCCCAACCUACAAUGAACCAGACAACCUGUGUCACUACUCUAGAGCUUGUUCAGCCUCUACCCUUCCGGCAGUCGACAGUUUCUAAUGUCCCACCUGCUCAGCGUGAAUCUAAAGAUCUGCAGGCCAUCAUAAUCCCGCGACGAAGACAGACAGCUGGACGACCAUUGCCUUUUCCAAUCAAGCCAAAUCGACCAAUGUCUGUCCAGCAGCCACCACCCCAAACCCCAAGCUACCACCAACUACGCCGACCGAACAGCAUGCAGAUCAACACCAAUCACGCGCCAUUCGCUUCUAAUCUGCGUUCUGUGCAUCGUUCGACGUCAGCUUCGUCAGUUGCAGGUCCCCCACCUACGACAAAUAUAAGCAACUUGCUCUCGGGACCUAUUACCAAGUCUAAGUCGGGCUACUUCCGGGAUAACGUCCUCACGGAGCCUUUGCGGCAACAUUCGGCGCCCCAGUUGAUGACUCGAUCGAUGGCUAGGCUUCCUCCACGUGCACAACCGCCGAACAUGCCUCUACCACCUCGUCCUCCACCAAACAUGCCUCUGCCUCAACCACCUUCAACGAUGCCACUACCUUUACCACCGCCAACUAUGCCUCUACCGCCACCACCUCCACAGAUGGCUGUUUGA